CUGCCGAGAGCCGGAGCAUUCCCGUCGGGCGGGAGGGCUGGGAAACCGCAUCCACAGGUAGAGGGUGCUGCGAUAUUGCGAAUUAGAGCUCUCUGCCCCGGGCCCCAGCCUUGGCUGCGGGUAGAAGAGGGCGUGCACUGGAAGAGAAAACAGAAAAAAAAGAGAAAAGAGAAGAGAGAAGAAAACCAGGCAUGAACUAGGGAGAGAAGACGGUAACUCCAAAGUCCAAGUCCUGAAAGUUUUCAGAAAGGAAGAUCUGCUUUUUUUUCCAGAUGUGGUACCUUAUCUUCCUCUGUGUCCCUGUCUGGGCUGACACAACCUCCAUGUAUGGGGAGAUCUUGUCACCCAAUUAUCCUCAGGUGUAUCCCAAUGAUGUGCAGGAAUCUUGGGAAAUCCAGGUCCCUUUGGGAUAUGGCAUUCGCCUUUAUUUCACACAUCUGGAUCUUGAACCAUCACAGAACUGCGAAUAUGACUUUGUGAAGAUCCUGUCAGGUGGCCAUGUUGAAGGCGUGCUUUGUGGGCAGAAGAAACCUCGUACCCCUGGCUCCGCAAUUGUGGAGGAAUUUAAUGUCCCUUAUAACACCCUCAUUAUGAACUUCCAAUCAGAUUUUUCCAAUGAGGAUCAUUUCACUGGUUUUGCAGCCUACUAUGUGGCAGUGGACUUGGAUGAGUGCAUGGAUUUUGUGGACGAACCUUGCAGUCAUUAUUGUAAUAAUUACAUUGGAGGCUACUUCUGUACCUGUCCACCAGACUAUUUCCUCUAUGAGGAUAAGAAAACAUGUGGAGUGAACUGCAGUGGGAAUGUCUUCACUGAGCCAUCGGGGGAGAUUUCCAGCCCCAACUAUCCCAACCAGUACCCAGAGAACUCACGGUGUGACUACCGAGUGGCUCUGAGGCCAGGCUACUUUGUGACUUUGACCAUACACAGCGGGGACUUUGACCUGGAACCUGCUGACUCAGAAGGGAAUUGCCACGACAGCUUAACACUUAUCUCUGGAAAGCAGCGUUUUGGUCCCUAUUGUGGCAGCAAAUUCCCAGGUCCUCCUGAAAUCAAAACUAGGAACAAUAUUCUUGACAUAAUCUUCAAGACAGACCAGGCACUACAGCACAAAGGCUGGAAAAUACGCUACUACGGGGAGCCUGUAAGCUGUCCCCUCAGUGUCAUCCCCAACUCUGUUCUUGACCCAAAGAAGGGCAGAUAUAUCUUCAAGGACAAUGUCAAGGUGACCUGUGUGGAAGGCUAUGAAAUUGUGACGCAACGGGAUAGCAUCGUGACUUUUACCUCCAGCUGUCAGGACAACGGUGAAUGGAGCAACUCCCAUUUCAGCUGUGUUCCUGUGAACUGUGGUGAGCCCAUUCCUGUUGACAAUGCCCAAGCUGUAUACGUCUCUGAACUUCGUGAACCUCUGUACAAAGCUGCUUUCCGGUAUCAAUGUGAUGCACCUUACUAUACUCUAAAAACCACAGGGGAUGCAGUGUAUCAGUGCUCAGCCAGUGGAGAAUGGGUCAAUGAAGAGAUGGGAACAAAGCUACCAAAAUGUGUCCCAGUCUGUGGGGUGCCCAGUAAUCCAAUUCAAGAGAAAGCAAAGAUUUUUGGAGGCACUCGUGCAGAAAAGGGCAACUUUCCUUGGCAGGUGUAUUUUGAAUACCCAAGAGGAGGCGGUGUACUCAUUUCUGAAAGAUGGGUAAUGACUGCAGCUCAUGUACUGGAGGGAUAUGACAAGCCCAACAUGUAUGCUGGAGUAAUCAAUGUUGGCAGAGAAAAUCUUUACUGGGAGGGCAAGCAGCUGAUUGCAGAGGCUUCAUUCAUCCAUCCUGGAUGGACAAAGCAGCCCAUAGAAACCAGGACAGAUUUUGAUAAUGAUAUUGCACUACUGAAGCUGAGGGAUCCCGUCAAGAUGGGCCCAAACAUCUCACCCCUCUGUCUUCCCGGUAAAUCACCUGAGUAUGAGUUGGAAGAAGGGACUCUAGGCUACAUUGCUGGCUGGGGCCAGAGAGAGAAAGGAAGACUGCCUAUUUUUCUUUGGAAGGCCCAGAUUCCUGUGGUGGACAUGGAUAAGUGCAAAUCUGUGAAACCAGAGGGCUCUGCUGAUUCCAGCGCUUACCGAUUCACUGACAAUAUGAUCUGUGCCGGUGGUGACAAGGACAGCUGUAAGGGGGACAGCGGUGGAGCCUAUGCUAUCCCAGAUCCUCUUGAUGACAGGCGCUACUAUGUGGCCGGCCUGAUCUCCUGGGGACCGAAAUGUGGUACCUUUGGUCUUUACACCAAGGUGGUGCGUUAUUUGGACUGGAUUACAGAGACCAUGAGCAAGCAUGAGGAUGAAGAAGUUUAUCAGGAUUAGCUCUGUCUCCUUUCAGCACAAUCACCCUUUCUAAACAUGAUGGUUACACACCCAGGCUGUCUGUGAUCCUGCUCACUCUGUGUAUAUAACAGUCCUACUCAUGUGUCUGUCCUGAGUGAAGAGUCAGGAACGUGUAUCCGUUUCUACUACUGACAUCACGUCUUGAAGGGGAACUCCUCUUUUGUCUCCUGCUUUCUCUCAUUUUUUUCAGUCUCAUUUCUUCCCACUUUGGAAAGACCUAGACAUGCCUGACCUGGCAGGAAGAUUUCAGUGAAGACAAGAGAGAAUAAUUGUUGGGUCUCAGGGUAGAUUCAGAGUCUGGUUUCUGAAUUAUUUUGUAUUGUAUUAUCCUGUAUUGUUCAGAAUAUCCAACAGCAUUAAAAA